AUAUAUACGCACCUACAUCCCCAAAGGAUCACUUGCCAUUGUUGCUUCGGCUAUUAAUAGGCAGUGCAUUCGCCGCCCUUCCUAAACGUCACCUUCCCCGCUUAGCCUCGCCGGAGGGACAGCUAGCGCUGCUGAUAUAUACGCCGGCCGGUCCGAUCGGAGGGUGGUGUUGCGUGCGUGGCUGCAUUGCAAGGGCGGCGGCGGCGGCAUGAAGCUCCACUCGCCGCCGGCCCACGUCGGAUCGUCACGGCGGUGUGCUCUCGCGAAAGUUCAAUCAGGUCCAUGCCGUAUCCGCGGCAAAGGCGCUGCUGCCGAGCGGGUGGCGGGGCCCCGCGGCACGCGCGUUGCCGGGUGGAGGGCGCAGGCGAGGACCCAGACGACGCAGGCCGACGACAAGGCAUCCAGUGCCAAAGCACCUGCAGGAUUCCAAACCAUUCUCAUCGAAAACGAGACCGAAAUCACGAAAUGGCCUGGGAAACCACAUGAUCUUGAUGACUACCAAGUGAUGCCUGAGGCUGAUGUGACGGACUUGCAGCCACUCAUUGAUAAGGUCAGGGCAAUGCUAAGAUCAAUGAACGACGGGGAGAUCAGCAUCUCGGCGUACGACACGGCGUGGGUUGCGCUGGUGCCGAAGCUGGACGGCGGCGAGGGCCCCCAGUUCCCGGCUACCGUCCGUUGGAUCGUCGACAACCAGCUGCCUGACGGUUCCUGGGGCGACUCGGCCUUGUUCUCUGCCUACGACCGUACGACAAACACCCUUGCCUGUGUCGUUGCACUGAGGAAAUGGUCUCUUGAGCCUGAAAAAUGCAAGACAGGACUCUCUUUUCUCCAUGAGAACAUGUGGAGGUUAGCAGAGGAAGAGCAGGAGUCAAUGCCCAUCGGCUUCGAAAUCGCAUUCCCUUCUCUCAUUCAGACAGCGAGGAGCUUGGACAUUGACUUCCCAUACGACCAUCCGGCUUUACAGAGCAUAUACUCUAACAGAGAAAUCAAGCUGAAGAGGAUCCCAAAGGACAUGAUGCAUAGAGUUCCUACAUCGAUUCUGCAUAGCCUUGAAGGAAUGCCUGAUCUGGACUGGGCCAAGCUUCUAAAUCUCCAAUCAAGUGAUGGAUCUUUUCUGUAUUCUCCUUCAGCUACUGCCUAUGCUCUUAUGCAAACUGGUGACAAGAAGUGCUUCGACUAUAUCGAUAAAAUAGUCAAAAAAUUCGACGGCGGAGUCCCCAAUGUUUACCCUGUCGAUCUUUUUGAGCACAUCUGGGUCGUUGAUCGACUAGAGCGUCUCGGGAUUUCCCAUUACUUCAAACGAGAGAUUAAACAAUGCAUGGACUAUGUGUACAGGCACUGGACUGAAGAAGGGAUUUGCUGGGCUAGGAACUCCAAUGUAAAAGAUGUAGAUGACACAGCUAUGGCUUUCCGACUUCUACGGCUGCAUGGAUAUAAUGUCUCCCCAAGUGUGUUUAAGAACUUUGAAAAGGAUGGGGAGUUCUUUUGUUUUGUUGGGCAAUCAACUCAAGCCGUCACUGGGAUGUACAACCUCAAUAGAGCCUCUCAGAUAGCUUUUCAAGGCGAGGAUGUUUUGCACCGUGCUAAGAUUUUCUCAUAUGAGUUUCUAAGACAAAGAGAAGCCCGAGGCAUGCUUCGUGAUAAAUGGAUCAUUGCUAAGGAUCUAGCUGGCGAGGUACAAUAUACACUAGACUUCCCUUGGUAUGCAAGUUUGCCACGUGUAGAGGCAAGAACCUAUCUAGAUCAAUAUGGUGGUAAGGAUGAUGUGUGGAUCGGAAAGACUCUCUACAGGAUGCCUCUUGUGAAUAACGAUGAAUAUCUCGAGUUGGCAAGAAUGGAUUUCAACCGUUGCCAAGUUUUACAUCAGCUUGAGUGUCAUGGUCUUCAAAUGUGGUACAUUGAGAAUGGCCUUGGGACUUUUGGAGUGGCACCAGAAGAUAUUUUGAAAGCUUAUUUUCUAGCUGCUGCUUGCAUUUUUGAACCAAGCCGUGCUGCUGAGCGGCUUGCAUGGGCUAGAGCGUUAUUGCUUGCCAACACUAUUUCUGCACAUUUUCAUAACAAUUUGUCGGACAAGAAAAGGUUGGAAUGUUUCGCGCAUUGUCUUUAUGAAGAAAAUGAUGUAUCAUGGCUUAAAAGAAAUCCAAAAGAUGGUAUUCUUGUGAGGGCACUUUGGCGACUUACUGAUCUAUUGGCACAAGAAGCAGAAUCAGUUCAAGAAAGACAAAAUUACACUCGCAAUCUCUUGAGACUUACAUGGACUGAAUGGAUGAUGCAAAAGACUAGUAAAGAAGAUGACAAAUAUAAUAAAUCCAGUGCUAAGGAACCACGAUACAUGGUUCUUGACAGGCAAACAUAUUUACUUUUAGUUCAAAUUAUUGAGAUUUGUGCUGGAAGAAUUGAUGAGGCUACAUCUGUGAUGGACAAGAAGGAUAGUGAUCGGUUUAUUCAACUUGCAUGCUCUAUUUGUGACAGUCUUGAUCACAAGGUGUUACUAUCUCAGGAUACCGAGAAGAAUGAAGCAACAAUAAACCGCAUUGACAAUGAAAUUGAGUUGGAUAUGCAAGAGCUUGCUCAAUCUCUCCUCAUGAGAUCGGAUGAGAAAACCAGUAACAGUAAGACCAAGCAAACCUUAUGGCAUAUUGUGAGAAGCUCUUACUAUGCUACUCAUUGCCCACCAUAUAUGAUGGAUAGACAUGUUUCCAGAGUUAUUUUUGAGCCUGUUUAAGAAUGUUUCACUGGGUGGAUCAUUUGUAGGGUUAGGUGUAACUAUAUGUACAUAUAGAAAAUGUUGUAAAGCGUAAUGGUAGAAGAAACAUGUGUGAGUUGGUACAUGCUUAGAGUUGAACUAGUGUUGCUGUCAGCUCUAUAUUGUCCCUGUAUAUGUAAUCAUGUCUUGGAUAGAGGUUUUCAUCUAAACUAAAGUUUGAUGGCAAUG